AGGAGGGCGGACGGACCGCCCGCCCAUCCGUCCGUCUGUCCGCCCGUCGUGGGGCUGCUAUGGUGCUGAGUUCGCCGGUGCAGACACCGGAGAAGAGGCGGCCAUGAAGGCGGGCGCCACAUCUAUGUGGGCUUCAUGCUGUGGGUUGUUGAAUGAAGUCAUGGGAACCGGAGCUGUCCGUGGCCAGCAGUCUGCAUUUGGGGGAGGAACCGGCCCAUUCCGCUUUGCCCCAAAUCCUGAGUUUUCUGCCUAUCCCCCAGCGGCAACAGGAGGAGCUAAUAUUGUCUGCAAAGCCUGUGGACUUUCAUUUUCAGUCUUUAGGAAAAAGCAUGUAUGCUGUGACUGCAAGAAGGAUUUUUGUUCUGUCUGUUCCAUUUUACAAGAAAAUCUCCGGAGAUGUUCUACUUGUCACUUAUUGCAAGAGACCGCAUUUCAACGCCCUCAGUUAAUGAGAUUGAAAGUCAAAGAUCUACGUCAGUAUCUCAUUCUUAGGAACAUACCGAUAGAUACUUGUCGAGAGAAAGAAGACUUGGUGGAUCUUGUACUGUGCCAUCAUGGAAUAGGCCCGGGGGAGGACAUGGACACAACUAAUCUGAAUUCUUCGAGGUCACAGACUUCUAGCUUUUUUACCCAUCCGUUUUUUUCAACGUACACAGCCCCCUCUCCGGCAAUGUCUUCGUCACGAGGAGAUUUUGCAAGCCCAGGGAGAAGAAGCUCAGGACCAGGAGGGCUUGCACAGGAACAAAGUGAAACCUCCACAGCAAACACUGAAGAUGAUGAUGAGGAUGAGGAGGAAGAAGAAAAUGCAGAGGAGCAGACCCCUGGCCAUUCUAGAAAGCGAGUGAGAGCUUCGUUAUCUGAUCUGUCGAGUCUCGAAGAUAUUGAAGGGAUGAGUGUUCGGCAACUGAAGGAAAUCCUGGCUCGGAAUUUUGUCAACUAUUCGGGCUGUUGCGAAAAGUGGGAGCUGGUGGAGAAAGUAAACAGACUUUUCAAAGACAAUGAGGAAAAUCAGAAGUCAUAUGGGGAGAAGAUGCAGUUCAACGAUGAGGAGGACGACAAUCUCUGCCGAAUCUGUAUGGAUGCCGUCAUUGACUGCGUCCUUUUGGAAUGCGGCCACAUGGUCACUUGCACCAAGUGCGGCAAGCGCAUGAGUGAGUGUCCCAUCUGCCGACAGUACGUGGUACGCGCCGUGCAUGUCUUUAAGUCAUAAGGGACCCAACAACCCAAAGUCUUUCCCUACAAUUGACUUCCAGUAUUCCACUGAGAAGAAGGGAUUCAAAACCAUUUCUGCCCAAAGCUUGGAUUAUGUGCCUGGGCUAGGUCUUUCUUUUUCACCAGAAAUUAUGGACAUUGAGACUUAAAACUGUUCUCACUUGGAUGUGAAAUUUUUUUUUUUUCUUUUGAGCCUUUGGAUGCCGUGGCUGCCCAUGAUAGAGCAGUUUUAAGAGCUUUUAGAUUACUUUUGCAAAAUGACAAACGGUUAAACCGUUUACCGAAGUCAGUCUCAACCUGUUGCUAAGGAAUAGCCUCUCUGUCUUUAACUUUGCUGCCCAGGCGAUCCUCUUCAGCCGAGACGGAGUUAGUAGAUGGAGCACAUGGCGUACGCUCAAAGCAGUGGUCGCACAGAAUCAAUAUUUCUUCUAGUCGUGGGUCUCAAAUGCUACUACUAACUGAUGGAAUGUAAAUUUCCAUUAUUGCUAUUCUAGUGUUUAACUAUGAUUUGGAACAAGUGACUUCCUCUGUAGAAAACUGCCAGGGCCUUAGAUUAAACAUGUCCAUUUCUGUGCGGAUAUAAUAUUUUAUAUCGAUGGCUGUACCUAGAGUCUGUCAAUACAGUUCUUUGUAUGCGUGUUGGGAAUUCUUUAUCAGAAUGUAACACAUUAUCAUUUUUCACUGUUUUGUAAAGGUGUCUUUAAAUGCUGUCCCAGUAGCUAUUUCAAGUUUAGAAUAAAUUAGA